AUGUUCAGCUCCAUCAUCUUUCCAAGAUUUGGGGUGCCUAGAUUGGUCAUUAGCGAUGGCGGAACACACUUCAUCAACAAGGCAUUUCAGGGCCUGUUAAAGAAAUAUGGGGUGAAACACAAGGUGGCUACCGCUUAUCACCCCCAGACGAGUGGACAGGUUGAAGUUUCCAACAGGGAAGUCAAGAACAUUCUACAGAAAACUGUCAAUACCUCGUGCAAGGACUGGUCGCUUAAGCUGGACGAUGCUCUCUGGGCCUACAGAACAACCUACAAAACGCCGCUAGGAACCACCCCCUAUCACCUGGUCUACGGUAAGGCUUGUCAUCUUCCUUUCGAGCUCGAAUACAAGGCUGCAUGGGCGGUCAAGUUACUGAAUUUCGACAUCAAGCCAUCAACUGAAAGGCACAUGAUCCAAGUCCAUAAGCUGGAAGAGAUAAGGCACCUCGCCUAUGACAGUUCCAAAAUUUAUAAGGAGAAGACGAAAGCCUACCAUGACAAGCGAAUCAAUGCCAGACGUUUCGAACCAAACGAUAAGGUCUUGCUCUUCAACUCCAGACUUAGGUUGUUCCCAGGCAAGCUGAAAUCUAGAUGGUCCGGACCCUUCACCUUCAAGGAAGUCUGCCCUUACGGAGCUGUUGUGUUGCUGGACAGAAAGGGAGACGAGUUCGUCGUCAAUGGUCAGCGCAUCAAGCAUUACCUUGCUGACUCCACUAUCGCAGAGGGUGAAGAAAUUCCCCUAAGCGAUCCCCCAUCAACCUGA